AUGGCGCCGCAGCCUCUUACCGUGCAUCAAUUGACCGCUGGCUGGUCCUUUAAGCAGACCGAUGCGUCAGAUGACGCAUGGCUGCCAGUCGCUUCUGUGCCCACGAAUGUGCACCUGGAUCUGAUCGCCAACAACAAAAUCCCGGACCCGUUUUUGGGCUUCAACGAGAUCGAUGUCGAGUGGGUGGGCGAGAAGCCGUGGUCCUACAAGACGACCCUCCCCGAUGUCGCUCCCACGCCCGCCGGCGCCGUGGCGGUCCUGGCGUUUGACGGGCUGGACACGUAUGCCACGGUCAGGCUCAACGGCGAGACCAUCCUCGAGAGCGACAACAUGUUCAUCCCGCACCGGGUGGACGUGACGCAGCGCCUGAAGCCGGGGCCAGACAACACCGUGGAGAUCGACUUCAAGCCGGCGCUCGCAGAGGCCAAGCGGGUCAAGGAUGCGCACCCGGAGCACAAGUGGGUGGGGUUCAACGCCGACAUGGCGAGGUUGGCAGUGAGGAAGGCGCAGUACCACUUUGGUUGGGACUGGGGCCCGGUGCUCAUCACCUGCGGCCCGUGGAAAGCCGUCCGACUGGAGACGUACGAGGCCAAAAUCGCGGACCUCCGCGUCGACUACAAGGUCGAGGACGGGCUGAAGGCUGUAACCGGUACCAUCACCGCUAGCGUCGACGGUGCCGCUGGCAGGACGGUGGCUUUCGCAGGACAGCUGGCGGGCAAGGUCGCCUUCAAAGCAUCAACCGAGGUCGACGGCGACGGGCAGGCAAAGGCAGAGUUUCGAGUGGACGCAGCCGAGCUUUGGUACCCCCAUGGCUACGGGGCGCAGCCUUUAUACGACGUCUCCGCAACCCUCUCCGCCGACAGCGUCGACCUGCACACGCUCGGGCGCCGGGUCGGUUUCCGCAAAGCCGAACUUAUCCAGGAGCCCGACGAGAUCGGCAAGACGUUCUUCUUCCGCAUCAACGAUGUCGACGUGUUCUGCGGCGGCUCUGACUGGAUCCCGGCCGACAGCUUCACGCCGCGCAUCACCCGAGAAAAAUACCGCAAGUGGCUGGACAUGAUGGUCGAUGGGCAUCAGGUAAUGAUUCGCGUUUGGGGCGGCGGGAUCUGGGAGGCGGAUGACUUCUACGACGUCUGCGACGAAAUAGGCGUCUUGGUGUGGCAAGACUUCAUGUUUGGCUGCGGAAAUUACCCUGCCUUCCCGGAGAUGCGGGAGUCGAUCCGGCAUGAGGCUGUUUCCAACCUUCGCCGGAUUCGACACCAUGCAUCCAUCGUGAUCUAUGCGGGCAAUAAUGAGGAUUAUCAGGUCCAGGAACAGUUUGGCCUGACGUACGACUACAGCGACAAGGACCCGGAGAGCUGGCUCCAGACGGAUUUUCCCGCGAGAUACAUUUACGAGAAGAUCCUGCCAGAGGCCGUGGCUGCGGAGAGCCCGCACGUCCCCUACCACCCCGGAUCGCCGUGGGGCGAUGGGCUCAUCAGCUCCAAUACUACAGUCGGCGACAUGCAUCAGUGGAAUGUCUGGCACGGCACGCAGGAAAAGUAUCAGAUCUUUGACACGCUGGGGGGCCGUUUCAACAGUGAAUUCGGCAUGGAGGCAUUCCCGCACAUCGACACCAUCAAGUACUACGUCACAGACAGGUCGCAGCUCUUCCCGCAAUCGCACAUGAUUGAUUUCCACAACAAGGCGGACGGGCAUGAGCGCCGCAUCGCGACUUACCUGGUCGAGAACUUCCGCACGGUCACGGAUCUCGAGGGCUUUAUUCACCUGACCCAGCUGUCGCAGGCCGAAGCGUUGAUGUUCGGGUACCGCGGCUGGCGCCGGCAAUGGGGCCAGAAGCGCUUCUGCGGCGGGGCGCUGGUGUGGCAGCUCAAUGACUGCUGGCCGGUGACGUCGUGGUCGAUAGUAGACUACUUCCUGCGCAAGAAGCCGGCGUACUAUGCGAUGCGCAGGGUUCUCGCGCCGAUCGCGGUCGCGGUCAAGCGGGCGCACCACGACUGGAGCGUGGUGCACGCGCGGCCGGCGAAGACGAGCGAGUGGGAGCUCUGGGUGUCGAGCAGCAGGACGGCGGCGGUCAGGGCGACGGUUGAAUUGCGCUUCAUCUCAGUCGCGACAGGGUCGGAGAUCAAGGAGGCGGUGGUGAAGAAGGACGUCACAGUCGUCGCUAACGGCACCACGGACCUGCUUUCCGGCACCAUCGAUAACGUGCGCGAGGAGCCGCACGUUCUGGCGGCCCGCAUCUGGCUCGACGGGCAGGUCGUGUCCCGGGAUGUUGACUGGCCGCAGCCGCUCAAGUACCUGGAUUUCGACGAUCGUGGCGUUUCGGUGGUGCAGGACGGCAGCAGCAUCCGAGUGACGGCGGCGCGCCCGACCAAGGGCCUGGUGUUCGAGGAGCGCGAGGGCGUGCUCGUCGACGACAGCGCCAUCGACGUGGUGCCGGGCGACGAGCAGGUGCUGACGGUGCGCGGGCUGGGGGCGCAGGCGGCGCCGCUGCGGUGGAGGUAUCUCGGGCAGCAGUAG